CGCUAACGUGGUAUCUCUGGGCAGUUCUAGGGUGAGUACCUGGACCAGACCAUUUCAACGACCGUGCCUAAGCCACUAUGGCCUCCAACGAUGUGACCGCCAUCCUCGAGGAUGACGCCGUCCAAGCUGCCGGCGUUAGCACCAUCCGCAUCACCACCAAGGACGAGCUGGCCGCCGCCGAGGCCGCAGUGGAGUCCGGGACAGUCGACGGCCCCGUGCAGUCACGGCGGUGGGCGCAGUACCUCGCCGCCACCACAGCGGCGUUGGUGGGCAUGGCCGGGGGCACGGUGCUGGCCUGGACCUCGCCCGCGCUGCCGCUACUCGCGCAGGCCGACUCCCCCAUCCAUCUGACGGAGAACGAGGCCUCCUGGGUGGGCUCCGUGAUGCCGCUCGGGGCCGUGCUCGGUGCGCCGCCCGCCGGCUACCUGGCGCAGAGGCUCGGCCGCAAGACGGCGGUGCUGUCGCUGUCCGUGCACUUCCUCCUGUCCUGGGCGCUCGUGCUCACGACGCACAGCGCCCUGGGCCUGUACGCGGCGCGCUUACUGGCCGGCUUCGCGCUCGGCGGCGUGUGCGUCGCCUGCCCCAUCUACAUCAACGAGGUGGCCGAGGACGAGGUGCGGGGCACGUGCAGCGCCAUGCUCCAGGUCAUGAUGAACGCGGGGAUGCUCUUCUCGUACGCGGUGGGCGCGGCCGAGAGCUACGUGCUGCUGGCGGCCGCCUGCGCCGCCGUGCCCGCGCUCUUCCUUGUUCUCUUCGCCUGGAUGCCCGAGACCCCCGCGGCCCUGCUCAACGGCGCCGGCGGCGAGGAGGCCGCCACCCGGUCGCUGUGCUGGCUGCGGCGGUGGACGCCCGGCGUGCACAGCGCCGCCCUCGAGGCCGAGCUGGUGAAGCUGCGUCGCGCACAGGCAGUCGCCAAGGCCGAGACCACCUCCGGGGAGUCGUUGUUCGCCAGGAUGCGGCGGCCCUCAGCGAUCAGGGCCCUCACCGUCGCCCUGGGCCUGAUCACCGGUCAGCAGCUGAGCGGCGUGUGCGUGGUGGUCUUCCAUGCCGAGACCAUCUUCCGCGCAGUGGGCGGAUCCAUACCUCCGAGUGCGGCGACCGUCUCGGUGGGGCUGGUCCUGUUCGCCACGUCGUACAUCACCACCCUGGCGGUGGACCGAGUGGACCGCCGCGUCCUCCUCAUCGUCUCCGCCACCUUCAUGGGCCUCUCGCUGGCCACGCUCGCGGCCUUCUUCCAGCUCCAAGCGCACCCUUCCCUGAUCGACAUGCAGCCCUUCGCCUGGCUGCCCGUGCUCGCCAUCAUGUGCGCCGUGGCGGCAUUCUGCCUGGGCCUAGGGCCGCUGCCGUGGACGGUGAUGGCAGAGUUGCUGCCGAUGGACAUCGUAGGGCCUGCAGGUGCUGUGGUGUCAUCAGCAUGCUGGACACUCUCCUUCACCACGACCAAAUCUUAUCAAUAUCUGGUCGAUUAUCUUGGAAUGGACUCAACUUUCUGGCUAUUUUCAGGGUGUUGCGGUGUGACAGUAGUUUUCGUGUUAUUCUUAGUGCCAGAGACAAGAGGGAAGUCUCUCCAGGCAAUACAGAUUGAACUGACAAGCUAAAGCGGCUAAAGCUUUGUAUUAACUCUAUUUCACAAUUACUAAAAUAUGUCGGUAGACAGGAAGUGGCUUUACACAACACUUCAAAUGGCUGUGAAAGGUAAUUCAUUAAGACAGUCAUUGCAAUAAAUUUUAAGCACCCCUUUAAUUUUAUUACAAGAGUGAGAUGUACACAGAUUGAAAAUUAAUAAACAGAUAUUAAACCGGUA